CGACUCAGUUGAUUCAAAGUGGUCGUCAUUCGCACAUUGCUUUUUGUGCUGCGCUCUAGCUCGAUUUUAAGCUUAUAUAGAAAUAUUAUACAUUCACUGAAAAACUGUCGUUAAUAGUCGAUAAGAUAAGUUUAUUUGCAGGCAUUCAAUAUAACCGGGAAAUCAAUCAUGCAUUCUAUGAUGAUAAAGGGUGAUCUUUUCAUGGAAAGUGUGCGAGAGGCAUCCAAAUCACCCGCAGAUAUGCGUGAUAUAGCGGCUAGAAUUUGUCGUGAUUAUCUGACGGGUGCGUGGAAGACUAUUCCAGCGGAGGAACUUCAAAUGAAACGAAUCAGCGGAGGGCUUUCAAAUUUCCUAUACUAUGUCAGUCUACCGGAGCACUGCAAAAGUGACUCACCGAGAGGUUCUUUCUCCAGCACCAGUUCCAAGAGGCCUCGAAAAGAUAGUUACUCGACCAUGUUGGAACCGAAAGAGGUUCUUCUUCGUAUCUAUGGACAAACGCAUGGUGAACAUGCUCUAGAAACAAUGCUCACUGAAUCGGUUGUAUUCACGCUCCUGAGCGAGCGGAAAUUGGGACCAAAACUCCAUGGAAUUUUUCCUGGCGGUAGAAUUGAACAGUAUAUACCAGCACGUGCCCUAUUAACCUCAGAAUUAAGUGACGCAAAGAUAUCAUUGAAAAUAGCUGAAAAAAUGGCUGCUGUUCAUAGUUUGGACAUUCCAGUGUCUAAGGAACCGGUUUGGUUAUGGAACACGAUGCAUCGUUGGUUGAAAAGUAUCGAAGUGACGCAGAAAGAUUUCCAAAAAGAUCAAUCCAACAGUAAUAAACAGAUUGCCGGUGCCGACAUUUUAACUCAACUAGACUUACGUGCGGAAGUAGAAUGGCUUAAGUCGGUUGUUGAUACCGAAGAUCAUCCGGUCGUUUUUUCUCACAACGACCUUCAAGAAGGAAACAUUUUAUUGAGGGAUGACUUCCCACAGUCUACUAUGAUGGAAAAUUUCUGCACCCUGGAUCAAUUCGACGAAUCCGCGCAGUUAGACUCACACUUUAGCUCAAUUCUAAUUUCCAAUUCCAAUAGCAGCAAAACUGGUUCGAAUUUUAAUAAAAUGAAUCAUUCUGCCUUAACUAGUGGUAGCCUGACGAACGACACCACUGUUUGUGAUACAAGUUCUAGGAAACGUUCGUUAGAUGAAAACUUCGAAAAUGAGCUUGAUAACACAAGGGAUUCUGUACUAAGCGGUACUUCACAGGCGCUUUCGGAACAGCCAUACGAUGGUGAACCACAAUUAGUGGUUAUUGAUUUCGAGUACUGUGCAUACAAUUAUAGAGGUUUCGAUUUAGCCAAUCAUUUUCUCGAGUGGACUUUUGACUAUACUAAUGCGGAGUCACCAUAUUUCUACCAUAAGCCGGAGCAGCACCCAACUAAAGAGCAACAGGAUAAGUUCAUUACAGUAUAUUUAGCGCACGUCAUCGGCGAAGGGCAUGUACCAACUGCAGCUGAAAUUUCAAAGAUAAAUCGUGAAGUGCAAUGUUUCACCAUGGCCUCUCAUUUGUUCUGGAGUCUUUGGGCGAUAGUGAACGUUUAUCAAGAGAUCGAGUUCGGCUAUUGGGAAUACGCCAUUUGCCGAUUACAUCAAUACGUUCACUGCAAGAAACACUACUCGGCACUGAUCAGCAAUACAGGAAAAUUGACGGACAUCGAAAUUCAAGAAAGAUGAACAGCUGUCCCGACCGCAGUAAUAAAAACAGGGGGAUCGAUUUUGAGUUAGUUUUUUUUAAUCGCACUUGUAAGGUAUAAAAAAAACAGUAGAUUCUUAUUCAGUCCAGAUAGAAGUUGAGAACUGCUUGUUUUUAGGUGUACAUUAAAACGACAUUUUCAACAACGAGUCAUGACUAGGUGUAUCAGUAUUACUGAUUAUUUAUUAACUAUUCAAAAGAACAAUAGAACGGAAACUAUUUUACGAUAGUGUAAUACAUAAAUCUUAUAUUUAUUGAAUAGCAUUUUGAGUGUUUGAUACUGCUCACAAAUUUUCUUAUACUUUCCUAGUUUUCCCCUAUAACAUGAUUGUAACUUACGCAUAUAGAUCCUAAGGUAUGACCAAUAGUUCUUUUUUAAGUUUACGUUGUGAUUCGAUUUAGAUUGUAAUAAUUCGGUAAAGCCAGAGACUAGUGAUCCUAUGAAAGUAUGACUGAUCGUAGUUAGGUUAAGAUUGGAAUUUGAUAUGAAUUUAAGCCCGAUCGAUCCAUUGAAAAAACGAAUUUUUCGAUAGUUAUUAAUAAUGGUAAAAUGAUUCUCGUUCUUUAAAAAUGUGUAAUAUUAAUAAGACUUAACUCAAGCAUAUCAACGAUUAGACCUUGAAAUAGUUAUAUAGAAUGCUGAGUGUGCUAAUGCUGAGAGAUUAAUGAAAAAUUAUGUGAUGAUGAAACAGUGAAUUUUACGGCGUAAAUAAUUGAAUGAAUCGACGCAUCAGAUUUUUAUUAUAAUGCAUUCACUUUUAAAAACAUGUAGCACAACCGUACCUUCAACCAUCUCAUCUGUGCCAUUCAUCUCAUGUAUUAAAACCAUUAGUUAGAGCAGAGGUCGGGAACCUUUUAACGCGGAAAAUAAAAAAAAAUACAAUUUCCAAAAUAUUAAUGUUUUUAAAGAGACACAAAUAUAUUUUCACCGUUUCAAACCUUUCACUUAACUUAAUAAAAUAAAUAAAAUUCACAGUUAAAACUUUUUCUUGCUGUAGCCUUACAUCCAAAAAUGCAUAUGACCCACGAGCCGCAGGUUUCCGACCACCGCGUUAGAGCGAGAUCUAAAAGAAACAAGCAAAAGAAAAUGCCAUCUCCAGACAGAACCUUUGCUAAUGUUUGUCUUUAAAUAUUGUACACUUUUCGAGCUAAUUUAUCGGUAAAAAACUUCUUAUGGUUGACGUAAAGUUAUUGGCAUUGAAAUCAGUUGUUUGUAAGAAGAAUAAUAUUCAAUACAACAUAGUGGAUCUAGUAAUGACAUGACCAUUGGUACCUUUAUCUUGUUUUCGUCUAAACUCUGCAUGAAAAAAUAACAUGUUGUUUGAUUGUAGUUGUUGAAAACAAAACAACAUUUCUAUUAGUUCUAUCAGCGUACAUAACAUUUUUAAUCAAAUUAAGUAAAUCGACUAGCUGUAAAUUGAAUAUAAAUGUAUGCUAAGAGAAAACGGAUACAAGGAACACGAUCCAAAACUUGAAAUGCGCGGAUUGACAUUUUUACUACGACGUGAUUAUAUGAUCUACAUGGAACAUACUUUGUGAUUCCCCGACAAGGUUUUUCUUCUGAAUAAAAAUCUGAUGAUAUUGCCAAUGGAAUAAAGAACACAUUGAAGAAUAAUGUAGUUACUUACGCUCCAUAUAAUAUAAGCCAUUAGCAGAGCUUUUGAAUUUCGCGAACGAUUUUCUCUCAAUAAAUGGGCUUAAAUAUACGUUAUACAAAA